AUGAGCCAGAGGGACACGCUGGUGCAUCUGUUUGCCGGGGGAUGUGGUGGUACCGUGGGAGCUAUUCUGACAUGUCCACUGGAAGUUGUAAAAACUCGGCUACAGUCUUCUUCUCUGACGCUUUAUAUCUCUGAAGUUCAGCUGAACACCAUGGCCGGAGCCAGUGUCAACCGCGUAGUGUCUCCAGGACCCCUCCACUGCCUGAAGGUGAUCUUGGAGAAAGAAGGACCUCGUUCUUUGUUUAGAGGAUUAGGCCCCAAUUUAGUGGGGGUGGCUCCUUCCAGAGCAAUAUAUUUCGCUGCUUAUUCAAACUGCAAGGAAAAAUUGAAUGGUGUAUUUGAUCCUGAUUCUACCCAGGUACACAUGAUUUCAGCUGCAAUGGCAGGUUUUACCGCAAUCACUGCAACCAACCCCAUUUGGCUUGUAAAGACUCGGUUACAGCUUGAUGCAAGGAACCGUGGGGAAAAGCAAAUGGGCGCUUUUGAAUGUGUUCGUAAAGUGUACCAGACUGAUGGACUGAGAGGAUUUUAUAGGGGCAUGUCUGCUUCAUAUGCUGGAAUAUCAGAGACUGUUAUCCAUUUUGUUAUUUAUGAAAGUAUUAAGCAAAAACUACUGGAAUAUAAGAUUGCUUCGACGAUGGAAAAUGAUGAAGAGUUUGUAAAAGAAGCAAAAGAUUUUGUGGGAAUGAUGCUGGCUGCCGCCACCUCAAAAACUUGUGCCACGAGUAUAGCAUAUCCACACGAAGUUGUAAGAACAAGACUACGUGAAGAGGGAACAAAAUACAGAUCUUUUUUUCAGACACUGUCUUUGGUUGUUCAAGAGGAAGGUUACGGGUCUCUUUACCGCGGUCUAACAACGCAUCUGGUGAGACAGAUUCCCAACACAGCCAUCAUGAUGGCCACCUAUGAAUUGGUGGUUUACCUGCUCAAUGGAUAG